UUUUAUUUUAACAACAUGGAUUUGCAGUACGGUGUGUAUUUCUCCCUAAUCACAUUGGCACUGAUAUUAAGUUUGAUAGAAUGUCAGACUUGUAGUAACGCCCUAUGUAAAAGACGAGAUAUUACGAGAUUGGAGGAUGAAAUAACUGAAGUUAAAGAUGGAGUUCGUAAAAUGUCGACUGAGAUGAAAGAAAGAAAUGACAAACUCUCUGGUGAACUAUCCAAAAUGAUGGAUCAUUUGGAUGCAAGACUGAGUAUCAUUGCUGGAGAAAGACCAUCGGUUACCAAGAAACCAUCGCGUCGGAAAGAGUCAUGCACUUGUGUAGAUCCUCUACUAGGAAGUAGCGAAGCACACGCAGCCAAGUCUUGCUUGGAAAUCAUUCAACUAAGACGUCCUGUUCCUCCUUCCGGGUUGUACUGGAUUGCACUAACGCCUGACUUUGCUACCAGGCUCUACUGCGACAUGGUAACUGAUGGAGGGGGAUUUACACUUGUGUGGACUUUCACCUUAACCGAUUAUAAUAACUUUGCGAGUAAAGGCAAUGAUGUCACUCCUAGGCCAAACUGGGAUAUCAAUAUCUUUAUGUCACCUAUCUAUACUCCUUUUGUCAAGGUCCCCGUCUCAACUACCCCACCUGAAUCAGAAGAUGAUUUGGGUGCCUUGAAUUUCAAGUAUUGGAAGCAAAUAGGAAAUGCGGAUUUUGUUGUCAAAUCAAACCUUGCCAAUUGGAUAGCAUGUACAGGCAAAGGGAGUAUUUUGGAAGAAGAUAAAGAGGGUCCUAUCACGUGUAAAGUUGUAAAGUUUAUUUCAACUGAACACCCAGAAUGUAAAGAUGACACCCCUACAUACGUGAACUGGAGUCCAAUAUGUGGCUUAAUUCUACAGAGAGAUGGCAAAGAUUAUAUUAACUUUGACAUUGCCAGUUCUGCGUGUAUUCCUAAAUUUGACCCAUGUGCAGAAGGCUCGGGUAAACGAUAUGUGAAAAAUGUUGAUAUCCCACGUGGCAAUGUCUACAUACGUUGAUAUCCUGUCACCAACAUAAAAUAAAAA